AUGGAGGAAACGAAAGCUAAAGGAAAUUGUUUCAAAGAGCCGGCAGGUAUCUCAAGUGCAAGAGAAGAUAUGAUAAGCGAACUACCCGACUCUUUGAUAUCUGAGAUUCUCUCGUAUCUUCCGACAAAGGAAGCUGUUAGGACUUGUGUUUUGUCCAAUAGGUGGAAAAGUCUCUGGCUUUUAAUCCCCGGGUUGGAUUUCGGCUCUUCCGAUUUCCCAUGUUACAAAUCUUUUGAGAGAUUUAUAGACAGGUUCCUAGAUUUCAAAAGGAAAGAGAAUUCAUGCUUGCACAAGCUCAAGCUAAUAAUAAGCAUUAUGGAUGACCAAUCUUGUGCCACACGUUGUAUAGACUUUGUGGCUACGCGUAAACUUAAGCAUCUUGAUGUUCAGUGUGAGUGUCUGAAAGUGAUGCCCUUACGCCUCUACAUAUGUGAGACUUUACUUUACUUGAGACUCCAUCGGGUUUCAAUAGGUAGUUUUGAGUGUGUUUCUUUACCGUGUGUCAAGACUAUGCGUUUGGAAAAAAAUGUAUAUGUCAAUGAUGCGUGCCUGGAAUCGCUUAUCUCGUCUUGCCCUGUUCUUGAAGAUUUGAGUAUUGUAAAAAGACAUGAAGAUGACAAUGUAAAGGUUUUACGAGUGCACUCUCUGACGUUAACUAGUCUCAGUAUAGAAGCAGGAAGGUGUGAGUAUACCGGAAUAGAUUAUGAAAACGCAGGGUUUAUUAUUGACGCCCCUAGACUCAAGCACUUGAAUAUUAAAGAUGCUACAUCUAAGAACAAAACCAUAAGCAAUUUGGGUUCCUUAACCAAUGUCAACAUUCUUUGCAAUAGGUGUCCGAGGUAUAUUGCUGAUUAUGAUGAAGUCGAGUUACGUAACUUUUUUACAAGCAUCUCAGGAGUUAGGGAUAUGAAGAUCUCUUGGGAAGCUUCCCAUGAAUUUCACUCCAUUGCCACAAUUUUGCAACCUGUCCAGUUUGGAAGUAGAGAUUUAUCAUCACCUCCUGGAAGAGCUGCCAAGGAUUUAAUUGGUUCCUGGCUGCCAGAACAAAUAAAAUUGACGACCGCGCCUCGCUGUUUGAUGUCAUCGCUCGAGUUUGUAGAGUUUGUAGAGAUAAAACACAAGAACAAAUAUACGAUAGACCCCGCUAUCAAAUUAGCAAUGUACUUUGCAGAGAACUCAGUAAUCCUCAAAAAACUUGUGCUGCGUUUGGGAGGUUUUAUACCUGCAGAAGGUUCUGAGGUCCUAAGGGAUCUCAUGGCAUCGAUGACCCGAUCUAGCACGUGUCAACUCGUAGUUUGUUGA